AAAAACCCACACAUGAAGAAAAAAAAAGAGUGAAGGACAUGCACAUGCAAUUCAUACACCCCACCACAAUCCUCUCUCCUUAUAUUAUUAUAGCCCCUUACUCUCCCUUCUCUUCCCCUCUUACCAAAUCAGAUAGAGAAAUAAUUCUAAUUUAUCACAGUAUCAUGAUCGGACAGCUUAUGAACCUCAAGGCGACGGAGCUCUGUCUUGGCCUCCCCGGCGGUGCUGAAGCCGUUGAGAGUCCGGCCAAAUCGGCUGUGGGGAACAAGAGAGGCUUCUCCGAGACCGUUGAUCUCAUGCUCAAUCUUCAGUCCAAUAAAGAAGGAGACGUCGAGCUAAACAACGUCACAGCAGCCCAAGUGGUGGGGUGGCCACCUGUGAGGAACUACAGGAAGAACAUAAUGACUAAUCAGAAAACAAGCGGCGCGGAGGAGGCCACCAGCAAGAAGGCCGGAAAUGGCGGUGGAGCUGCCUUGGUGAAGGUAUCCAUGGACGGAGCACCCUACCUAAGGAAAGUUGACCUCAAGAUGUACAAGAGCUAUCAGGAUCUCUCUGAUGCUUUGGCCAAAAUGUUCAGCUCCUUCACUAUGGGAAACUAUGGAGCACAAGGGAUGAUAGAUUUCAUGAACGAGACCAAGCUCAUGGAUCUUUUGAACAGUUCCGAGUAUGUUCCAAGCUACGAGGACAAAGAUGGCGAUUGGAUGCUCGUCGGCGAUGUUCCAUUUGAAAUGUUUGUCGAGUCAUGCAAACGUUUGCGCAUUAUGAAGGGAUCUGAAGCAAUUGGACUUGGUACAUCGAACUCUGCCUUUGUCAUUUCUGACUUUCUAUUUCUUUAACUAAAAUUUUAAUUCACUUUUUCUUGGUUUUAUUAUAGCGCCGAGAGCAAUGGAGAAGUACUCCAAGAACAGAUCAUGAAUUUUAUAUUAAGGAAAAAGAACCUUCAGUGUUUUUGAUUAAUAUGUAUUUUUAUGAUUGUAUGUGGCUCUCCUAUAUAUGUGUUGUAAUUUUAAAUACUUGAUGGGUAUAUAGCGCAAUAGUAUAAUCUUAUCAGUAAGAUGUGGACAACUUUGUAAGGUGACCAAAAGAGAAGAAACUUAAAAAUCUCUGUGUUUGUGUCAUAUUUAUUGGCUUAUUGCCCCAGCAUGUGUCUGUCCGUU